AUGUCCGGGCUCGAGAUCCUCGGGGCCCUGGCGAGCUCCAUCGCUGUAGCCCAGAUGUUGCUCGCUGGGCGGAGCGUGACGAGUUUGGUUCGAGGCAUCCCCGAGAUCCAGAGCGAAUGUGAUGCUUUGAGAGACGAGAUUGAUUUGAUCGGGGCUCUUAUCGAGGCAGCCAAGAAGACUUCCGAGUCGCUUCGCGCGAAAAGGACUCCAAGCGGCACCUAG